AUGUUUUUCCUGCGCCAUCGAUCUGUUCUUGCGUUUGUGUUGCGUGUUGCACACUCUAAAACUUUACACUUUUCUGGAAGGCAGCCAUGCCCGCUCCUCCCUACACCAGUGCUGGCUAACGUGAGUUACUCUGCCUACCCUACACCAGGGAAUCGCGAGGAAAGAUCUUUACUUACUGAAAACGAUGCAAAAAAUGCAUCCUUUCAAAUGCAGUUAGCUGAACGCAACCGAUUGAACAUAAGACUAAUGGAUACAGAACAACAAAGGGUCUAUUUUAAUGAACUUUGGGAUAAGAUUGCUGCAGUCUUUAUCCGAAGGUCUUGCGAAAGAGGUAACAUGGAGGAAACGAGUUUUUACCUCAAAGCCAUGCAUCAAGAGGGUGCUGUUCCUAACGAUUACAUUUUUUCCAAAAUUCUUCAUGGCUACGUUAAGUGUGGGCUGCCAGAUGAAGUUGCAACAACGCAGGAUGUCAUGUCAAAGCUGAAUUAUUGGCCCUCAAUGAUGGCCACAGAAGAUCUGCUUUCAGCAUAUGCUGAUUUAGGGGAUGGAAACGGGGUUAUUGAACUGCUUCAAGAGACUCUCAACAGAUCUGAAUCAUUGUUGAAUCGUCCCGUUUUCUCACCUCGAUUUCUCGCUGAUCUUUAUGCACGUCUUGCUGUGGCUCCUCAAUUUGAUACCAAUGAGCAGGCUGCAUCUACGAUACUUGGUUUAUUGAGAAAGAGGCCCCCAUAUUUUGACGACUUUCGACUUGGCAUUGCUCUAACCCGUCUUCUUAAGGCCGGCCAUAACGAUGCGGCUUUUCAGUUCUUAAGGGGUACGCAUCCCCACACCUUUACUCCCUACUUCCUCUCAAAAAUUUCGGAAUUACUGGUGGAACAGGACCCGAAAACUCUGGCCGAUUUCUGGUUGUCUUCUGGAGCUUUUAGUCGAUUACCUGAAGUCAUCCGCACUAUGCCAAAC